AUGGCGCCUCCCAAGAAACGCGAGAAUCGCGAAAAUAAUUUCUAUAAUAUUGGUGUUCAGGGAAGGAAGACUGGCAUCACACUUGCAGACAAAGGGGUAUACGACGAACAUGGCCUUGAACCAAUAUCGGGCAUCUUCUCGUCGCCCGAAAGGUCGCCACCCAAGCGUGGGGGGAACGCGACAGGUUCAGAGUCGAUGGAAAUUCAAGAGAGUUCUAUCCCAGAACUCGCUACGUCCCACCAGAUUUUGCGCAACAACCGUACACACCUCCCUCCGCCGCGGGCGCGAUCGCCUAUGAAGACUGCGCUUGGAUCCUCGCCGCGACGACAAUCAUCCAUGGCACCGAGGGGGAGCUCUGCUGCUCCCUCUAGUCCUGUGCGCGCUGCGUCGCAUCCCAUUGCCCGACGGCUUGACUUUGAACAGGAUGAAUCUAGUCUGCAAGAAACGCCGGCGCUAAGUGGAUCAGGUGCGCGACGCGGAAAGCGUACAGACGUGUACGAUAUACCCGAAGAUGAGGGCUCACCACUUCCAGAACAAAGCGCGGUGUUUGAGGAAAGCGUCGUCCAGGAGGAAAUCACAGCAAACGAAGCGUCAGUAGCAGCCGUGAAAGAGAGCUUUGUCGCGCAGAUCGGAGAAGACUCAAUAAACGAAGCCGAGGAGGUCGAAGACUUGGUGGACCAAGAAGAGUCGGAGAUUGUGCCAGAACCUGUAAAGGAGCCCGCUAAGAGGGGUAGGAAGCGCAAAAGCGAUGCCGUGAAUAUCUCAGAGGAAGAGCAGGCAGUAGUAGAGCAGCCGCGGAAACGUGGUCGUCCCCCUGGAGCGAAAGCAACAGCAUCAGCAUCAGAGAAGACGGGCAAGAAGAGCGCACCUGCAGCUGCUCAGCGACGACGGUCACAGCGCGUAUCCGACAUUAGCGAACCUGACCCCAGUAUUGUCGAAGCCCCCGUCGAUGACUCCAUAGACCAAUCCGAGCAGAUAGAAGAAGCACCCGUCGCACCAAAACGCCGAGGACGGCCGCCGCGAGUACAACCGGACGCCGAGGAGGAACAUACUGCGACAGCAAAACCAGCAAAAAAUGACUCUUCCAAGGGAAAUGCAGAGGCGGCGGCUUUCAAGAAGCCCAUAAAACCUGUGGGCAGGCCUAAAGCAAACGCAGAACCUAAGAGCAAACCCGCGAGUGCGGAGCCAAAGCCAAAGCCAGCUCCAAAACCAGCGCCAAAGCCGAAGGAGAAGUCAAAAGAGAAGACUCCACAAGCAGACGCUGAUGAUGUUGGCAAGCUUGUGGAUGUAUACGGCAAUCCUCUUAGCAAAAAGGACCUCGAUCAGAUGUCUACUACUUCAGCUGGAUCACGAUUCGGACGCGGUCGACAUUUGUCUGUUUUCCGCGAGAUGGAUCCAGAUAAUGUUGCUCGCGUGGGACGCACUGGCAGGCACCGCGUUGCGCCCAUUGAUUUCUGGAAGAAUGACCAUAUUUCAUACGACGUGGACGGUAGCAUGACUUCCAUCGUCAAGAGCCAGGAAGUAGAAGAAAGCCGGAAGCGUAGCAAAAAGUCUAGCUCAAAGGGUAAGAAGAAGGCACUCACUGUCGUUGAGGAAGAAGAGAUUGAACUCGACCCCUGGGAGCAAGAAGAAGGUGCUCUUGUGGGCAACUAUAGGGGCUUUGAUGCUGCGACGGAGGUUCCAUCGAAUGAAAUCAUUGAAGAUACGAUUGCAUGGGCCGAAAAGGGCAUUCAACCCCGAGAUGUUGGGGAUGGCGGCUUCAAAUUCGCAAAGAUUGGUUCUAGUGGUUCCUUCUUCAACUGGGGACUGAUUGAACUGGGCCCCGACCAGAUGAAGCGUACCAAGAACUCACGAUACAUGCAUAUGGUCUUCAAUGUACAAUCAGGUACAGUAGAAGUCCGCAUGCAUGAAAAUGAAUUCACGGUUCACAAGCAGGGCGUCUGGCAAGUUCCUCGAGGGAACACGUAUAGUAUCAAGAAUAUCGGUAGCGGCACGGCUCGCAUUUUCUUUGCUCAGGCUAGGGAACUGCAUGUUCAGGAGGAAGAUGAGGAGGAAUAAGGUGGGGCGAAUUGUAUGGUGAUGACGAGGGAGUGGGAAAGUGGGGGUUUUUUUUUAGUUUGGGGCAGGAGGGGUAAGAGCGGCUCUGUCUGAAAUGACAAGUUUACUGCUGGCUGGCUGGCUUCCUUCUUUGACAUGAAUAGGAGAAUGGCAGGGUGUGUGUGUGUGUUGUUUAUUACAGCCGCGAAGCAAUCGUUCACUACCUAACCGAUUCAAAAUCCACCAGUAUCCAAACC